ACAUUUUCGCCCCCAGCAAGCUGGAAAAACGAUCCCAAACAAGACAGACGUCGUCCCUGGCCAGUCUUUAACCCGUCGGCGUGCUCGAUUUCCGGGAGAAAAUUGGAAGAAAUAGUACAAUAUUCGAAACGGAACUCUGAGCUACAGUAACCAAAUCGCUCAUGGUUCAUGCUUUUAGGGCUCCCGUUUAUAAUUUUUGAAAAAAAUUGCAGAGUCAAGCUGCCUAGUCAGCAUGCGAUGUGAUUAUUUAUGUAUCGCUAGUUCGCUACUACUGCCGUUUCAGUUUUGCAUCGAAACAAACACAAAUCCAGAUUUUCAUAUCAUCCCCUUUUCAUUUCCGUGAUCGCUAAUUAUAAGCUCAGACGUAUACAGUAAUUUAAUCGACGCAUCCCCAACAAAAUCGAAUCGUAAACCUAAUUUUCCGUUACGAGAUGACGUGGUCCCCGCCGGAGAGUUCCGGCGCCGGAGCAGGUACUCUCCACACUCGGGGACAGAAGCCACCGGCUACUCCUCGUCCUUCCCGCCAAGCUUCUUUAAGAGAAGAUUUCGGCCAUGCGGCCGCCGAGACUUACUUAGUCACCGGCCUCGCCAUCAAGCUUCUCCGAUAUCUCGGGAUAGGCUACCGGUGGAUGACAAGAUUAGCUGCACUAGCUUGCUAUGCUAUGCUGCUGAUGCCUGGCUUUCUUCAAGUCGCGUAUUAUUAUUUCUUCUCAAGCCAAGUUCGCAGGAGUAUUGUGUAUGGGGAUCAACCUAGAAACAGGUUGGACCUUUAUUUACCAACAAAAAUAAAUGAACCAAAGCCAGUAGUGGCAUUUGUAACUGGUGGGGCAUGGAUUAUUGGGUAUAAAGCAUGGGGUUCUCUUCUUGGACAACAGUUGGCUGAAAGAGACAUCAUAGUUGCAUGUAUUGAUUACAGAAAUUUUCCCCAGGGUACUAUCAGUGAUAUGGUUAAAGAUGCUUCACAGGGGAUUGCAUUUAUCUGCAACAACAUUGCUGAGUAUGGAGGUGACCCUGACAGGAUUUAUCUAAUGGGACAAUCAGCUGGUGCACAUAUUUCUACCUGUGUUCUUUUGGAGCAAGCCAUCAAGGAAUCUUUGGGAGAGAGCAUAUUCUGGAGUGUUUCCCAGAUAAAAGCUUAUUUUGGUUUAUCUGGAGGGUACAAUUUAUUCAAUUUAAUUGAUCAUUUUCAUAAUCGUGGCCUGUAUCGUUCUUUAUUCUUAAGCAUAAUGGAAGGCAAAGAGUCCUUUCAACAAUAUUCUCCGGAAGUUAGAAUUGAGGAUCCGAGUAGUAGAGAGGCUGUUUCUCUCCUGCCUCCUAUUUUUCUUUACCAUGGAACCUCUGAUUAUUCAAUUCCAUCAGAUUCCAGUAAGUCUUUUGUCGACACACUUCAAAGUAUGGGAGCUGAAGCUAAGCUAAUUUUGUUUGAAGAAAAAACUCAUACAGAUCUCUUUCUACAGGAUCCUUUGCGAGGUGGCAAGGAUGAAUUGUUUGAAAAUAUAGUUUCAGUGAUACACGCCAAUGAUGAGGAAGCUCAAGCAAAGGAUGCUGUGGCACCUCCAAGAAGACGCCUCGUUCCUGAGCUAUUGUUAAGGUUGGCUCAUGAUAUCAGCCCCUUUUAGACCUCUGGAGUUGUCCUCGGUUAGAUUUUGUAUAUCUGCCUAUGCCCCGUAGUGUUGGAAAUUCCUCCACCAUAUGGUUUCUCAAGCCACAGUGGAUGUGCCAUUUUCUUCGAGGGCAAGUCUGAAAUCCCCAUUGUGUUUGUAUGUGCGCCAUUUAUGUUCAGAAACGUUGGGACUUUGAUUUUUUAGGUGAUAUUGGUUUAUUUUCGUUUGAUUCAUGAUUUGGGACAAUUGUUGUAUGAUUUCUACACCAGCACUCGUAUCCCAGUUCAUGGUUUUCCUUAUGACUCCAAUUGUACAACUGUUGAUUUAAGUUAAGGUAAAUUCUCAAGAUUUUGAUA